AUGUCUUUGGAAAGUAACAUUGCCGCUCCCAUCACAGCUCUAGCUGUUGACGAGAACAUCACUUUCAUAACUCGACGGACGCAUGAGCCUAUGUGGAAACCAGAGGUCGGUGAACUUCUGAUCGAAACACUAUUUUCGGGAACCAAUCCCGCGGAUACCAAACACGCGACUGAGUUGGGCAUUUAUCCAGCAGUCCUUGGCUAUGAUUUCUGCGGCAAAGUGCUAAAAUCAUCUCCAGAAUCGAAGUUCCGGAGCGGGGAUGUCGUUGCAGGAUACACUCCCACUGGCGUUGGAAGGGCGAGCAAAUAUGGUACUCAUCAGAGCUAUUUGAUCUGUCCUGAAGAGAUGGCCUUUCUAGUCCCUUCAGCCCUUCCUCGGGACCAUGCGGCAUGCCUAAGUGUCGUCGCCAUGACCGCAGCGGAUGUGAUGUAUAACCUUUUCAGGUUGCCGCUACCAAGCCAUACAGACACACCUAAGUGUGAAAGCUUCAAGGCAAUGUUGAUCUGGGGUGCCUCUACUAGUGUGGGAAUAUGCGCAAUCCAGCUGGCCCGUGAGAGUGGAGUUUACCCAAUUCUUGUCACAGCAUCGCCUGGAAGGCAUGCUCUCUUGCAAGAGCUAGGUGCAACAUGCUGUUUUGACUAUAAGUCACCAAGUGUCAUUCCAGACAUUAAGCAAGCUUUGGCGGACUUCGACGUGCAUUCUCUGGACUAUGGCUUCGAUGCCGUAGGCAGCCACGGAGACUUCAGUUCUGCAGAUUAUGUCGCCGAGUGCGUUUCGGACGAAGCCCAUCUUGUUUCUGUGGUGAUACAAAAGAAUCCUCGUUUCAAGAUGCCUUUCGCCACCUCGAACCAGGAAGCCAUACUACGGGUCGCCGGGGUUCCUCAUCCUAUUUGUAUCCCGGCUCGGCGUUCUGAUUACCAGCACGCUUGGAAAGCAUUCCAAUGGGCUGUGGAAAACUACGGAUCUCGUUUCAGACUCCCGAGCGUCGAAGUCUUCACUGGGUCUGCGGAGGAUGCCUUGAAAGAAUUGAUGUUGGUGGGUGGCGAAGGAAGGGGCUUUGGGAAGCUCGCCAUUCAGCACCUUCUAAUUUAG